AUGUCAGAAGUAGAAGAAAUUAAUUUGGAAUCAAAUAUCAAAAAGCCCAGACAUUAAAAGCAGCAAAAUUAAUCUAGGCGCAUUAGAAAGACAAAGAAUAACUUUAAUAGGCCAAGAGACAAUUCGUAGAAUCGAAAUAGGGAUAAAUAAAGAAGAAAUGAUUGGAGAUAAUAAAAUGGAGCCAAUCCAAGGGAUUUAUAUGAAAUUGAUAUUUACAAUUUUCUAGCCAAGAAUUAAAUAUCUGACCUUAUGAGUGAUAUAAGAUCUAGAUGCGGGAAUUUGGUUAAACUUCAUAUUAUUGCCAAUAAUAUACAAGAAAACGAGGCGGAAACAAAAGUAGUUUUGAAAGCCUUUUUCAAAGAUAAAAAGUCAGCAGAUGAAUGUGAAUUUCAAUAUAACGAUGCCAAACUUGACGAUUUAUCAUUACGAACAGAACGAAAAUAUUGA